GCUGGACAUGCUGCUGUUGCUGCUGCUGCUCUGGGGGAUAAAGGGUGUGGAGGGUCAGAACCCCAGGAAGGCUUUCACCCUGAAUGUGGAAAGGAAGGUGGUGGUGCAGGAGGGCCUGUGUGUCCUUGUGCCCUGUAACUUUUCCUAUCUCAAGAGGUCAACUGACUGGACUGACUCAGACCCGGUUCAUGGAUUCUGGUUCAGGGAAGGACCCAACAGACGCAGCGAUUCCAUCGUGGCCACAAAUAACAUAUGGAGUAAAGUAGUGAAGGAAAUCCAGGAUCGAUUCUUCCUGCUCGGAGACCCUCGGAGGAAUGACUGCUCCCUGAGCAUCAGAGAGGUCAGAAAGAAGGAUGCGGGGUUAUACUUCUUUCGCCUGGAGCAUGGAAAAACAAAGUAUAAUUACAUUUGGGACAAGAUGACUCUGGAUGUAACAGCCCUCACUAACACCCCCCAAAUUCUUCUCCCGGAGACGCUUGAAGCUGGCCAUCCCAGCAACCUGACCUGCUCUGUGCCUUGGGGCUGUGGGUGGACGGCACCCCCCAUCUUCUCCUGGACUGGUACCUCUGUGUCAUUUUUGAGCGCCAACACUACGGGCUCCUCAGUGCUAACCAUCACCCCCCAGCCUCAGGACCAUGGCACCAACCUCACUUGUCAGGUGACCCUGCCUGGAACUGAUGUGUCCACAAGAAUGACCAUCCGUCUCAACGUGUCAUAUGCUCCAAAGAAUCUGACUGUGACCAUCUAUCAAGGAGCUGACUCAGUUUCCACAAUCCUGAAGAAUGGCUCAUCUCUUCCUAUCUCUGAGGGCCAGUCACUGCGUCUCAUCUGCAGCACCGACAGCUAUCCCCCUGCGAACCUAAGCUGGUCCUGGGAUAAUCUGACCCUGUGCCCAUCAAAGUUGUCCAAGCCCGGGCUCCUGGAGCUGUUUCCAGUGCAUCUUAAGCACGGAGGAGUGUACACCUGCCAAGCUCAACAUGCCCUGGGCUCCCAACACAUUUCCCUGAGCCUGUCUCCACAGAGCAGUGCAACUUUAUCCGAAAUGAUGAUGGGGACCUUUGUGGGUUCAGGAGUCACAGCCCUCCUUUUCCUAUCUGUCUGCAUCCUCCUCCUGGUAGUAAGAUCCUACAGGAGGAAACCAGCCAGGCCAACUGUGGUAGCUCCGCACCCAAAUGCCCUCAAGGUCUCAGUUUCUCAGAAUCCUCUGGUUGAAUCCCAGGCAGAUGACAGCUCUGAGCCCCUGCCUCCCAUACUUGAGGCGGCCCCCUCCUCCACAGAGGAAGAGAUACAUUAUGCGACCCUCAGCUUUCACGAGAUGAAGCCCAUGAACCUGUGGGGGCAGCAGGACACUACCACGGAGUACUCAGAGAUAAAGGUUCCGCAAAGGACCGCAUGACCAUGACCAUGGCUGGAGAAAGCAUGGUGGCCCCAGGAGGCUGGCUCUGGAGAAGGAAAGAGUCACCUAGGUUGACAUGUGAUGCACAGGGCUUCAGAGCCAUUCCUUCCGUGACACAGGCGUUCUGUGCUGCCCAUGCCCCUAUGCUGCCCUGUCCACACAACUGCUAUCGUGCCCUGGGAAUCAUAAGCUUGACGUUUUUACUCCUCUCUCCCCU